AUGGAAGCCCUUGACAACGUCCUAGAUCCUUUGAGAGACUUUGCCAAAGAUAGCGUCCUCCUCGUCAAGCGUUGCCACAAGCCCGAUCGUAAAGAGUUCACGAAGGUGGUGUUCCGUACAGCGACUGGUUUUGUAGUGAUGGGAUUCGUCGGAUUCUUCGUUAAGCUCAUAUUUAUUCCUAUCAACAACAUCAUCGUCGGCUCCGCUUAGGGGGAUAUGAGCAGUUGGAUAAGUUGCAAAUUCUGAUCAAAGAAAAAAUGUUACAGUGUAGCUCUUCCCUUGUCAUUUUACAUUUUAUUAGUUGAACCAAUAGUCUUGAAUCU